AAGGAAGGAAGGAAGGAAGGAAGGAAGGAAGGAAGGAAGGAAGGAAGGAAGGAAGGAAGGAAGGAAGGAAGGAAGGAAGGAAUUGGCCGUCUCUCAAUCAUUCGUCGGGUUGAAGAGAGAAGGGAAAAAAAAAAAAAAACCAAACCCGCCUCGGUCAAGGUAUCUCCGUAGCUGGAUCGAGAGGCAGGGAGAGCCGCCUCCUCCAGGGCCGUCUACUCGGCAGCCCCCGACCCAGGGUCCCAAAGGCACGGAAAGAAGCCCCCUCCUCCGGACGCGGAGAACCCCCCCCCCCACACACGCCCUGCUGGAUGUCAACGCGGGGCGCCUUUUCAGAACCCCGGAGAGCUCCGCAACAUGGCCAGCCUACAGCAAGGCGAGAAGCAGCUGUUUGAGAAGUUUUGGGAAGGGACCUUCCGAGCCGUGGCCACCCCCAGGUUGGGGAGCAUCAUCAUGACCAAGAUCACCUCCCGUGCCAAGCCCCUGGCCAGCACUGAUGUCCGCAGUUGCCUGCCUCUUCCAACAGAAGUCACCCCUUCCGGAGAAUCACACCCAGCUGGAGAAACCCGCAAUGUCAACGGUUGUGAGAGGCAGAAGAACAGCCUGGAAGACUACACACAAAAAUCACACAGUCCAUCUUGGGAUGCUGAAUCUUCCCCACCUCCAUCCAAGGGAAAGAAAAAGAAGAAAAAAUCAGCAAGGAAGAAAAGAAGGAGAUCUCCCUCUUACAGUGUUUCUCCUCCAAAGAAGAAGAAGAAAAAGAAGAGUUCAAAGAAAAGGAAAAGAAACAGGAUAUCUUCAAAGAAGAAAAGACACAGUUCAUCCAGCCCCAAGAGAAAAAGGAAGGAGGGAAGGAAACACAAAAAGCAUUCUCGUAGCCGUCCACAGAAAUCCAGGCGCCAUCGUUACCGUUCUAGUUCAAACAGCACCAACUCUCAGUCGGAGAGCUGUGGAAGCCGACAUAGGCUGAGAAGCCAAUUGCAAGAUAAAGGCGGGAAAGGGAGACUCGGCCGAUCACGGCAUGCGUCAAAGAGGACUUCUCACUCCGACGAAGCAGGAGAGUUGGCUGGGAGCCCCUUCCUGGGCUGCACCCUGCAGAACAAUUACUUUCUCUCCACGGCUGAACUUAUCUCAAAUUCUGGGUCUGCGACUGGCCUCUUUAAAAAAGCAACGGGCCAGUUGGGGAACCAAAGUAAAGAGACCAGAGAUGUCCAUGAAUAUGACUCGGGCAACGCAACUUCUUCCCCCCCGUCUGUUCAGACAAGCACAUCCAGGUCAAAAGGCAGUCAAGAAACCAAGGGCGAAGCCUGCAAUGGCUUCGGCCAGGCCUUCUCUUCAGGGAAAGCCAGCAGUGUCAGCAGCCCUGAUUCGGGGAACUCACUACACAGCUAUAGCUCCCAAUCAAAAGGACAAGCUUUGGAAGAACCAAGUCCGUCCCCAGGGCAUCUGUGCAAAGAUCAAAAUGGAGGGUCUUGGCCCUCUCUUGAGCCACUUGGAAAGAAGAAGGCCAACGUUAUCUCGCCACCGUUUUCCAGUUCUCCACUUCAGCCAUGUCUUCGAAAUGAAUCUCCUUCCAGCAGGUCAUCUCUGGACUCUGAAUCUUUGCAUCACAAGCUGGGGCGGAGAUCUUCACCAAGUCCAUCUUGUUGCUCAUCAAAAUCAAGAUUCUCUUCCCGUUCCCCUAGUUCCUCUCCCAAAUCCUGCAAGAGAACAGCUGGAAGCAGAAAUUCAAGAUCCCAACGCAGCUCCAGCUAUUCUCGGUAUAGGACUGGCAGAGGUUGUGAACAAGAUCACAGUUACGGCUCCAGUGGGAAGGAGUCCCACAGGCAUCAGGACCGCCGGCGGCGCAAAGAGUGCUAUUCCCCCAUGAGGAAGCGUCGGAGAAAUUCUCCCAGCCACUUGGAAGCCCGGCGGAUAACCAGUGCCCGGAAGCGCCCCAUCCCUUACUACAGACCGAGUCCUUCCUCCUCCUCCCCCAGCAGUUCAAGCGUUUACUCCUCAGAGUACAGCUGUCUCAGUUACUCUCCAGCACGGAGCCGCAGUUACUCAAGUGAUAGGAGCAGCUGCAGUCGGAGUUGGAGCAGUUACGCCAAGAGCAGCCAAAGCCGGAGUAGCAGAGGGAGAAGCCGUCCACGAAGUAGCAGCAGGAGCAGUUCUGCCUCGGUGGGCAGCUAUGACAGUUUGCGGCGUUCGUAGCGGCUCUCCCUUGUGGAUUUCAAUCACCUGCCUCUACUCCAACCCACGCCAAUGGACAACCUUCUCCAGAUGAUCCUCCAUCCAUUGCUCCUCGGAAUAACGUAGCCUACCGCGGCCCGGGGUAGGGGGAUUGUCUGAAAGGAAGACUUCCCUCUUCCAUGUCCUGUGGUCCCCGUUGUAGAAAUUCUGGUCCUCACUCUGAUUGUGUUUCCAUCACACACACACACACACCACCCUCAGUUUGGUGUUCCAUUUCUUUUUUGCGGCUUCGCUUUGGAUAGGGUGGAAUUGAAGGAUGUUGUAGGCCAAGCAUGAAACAAGAUGAAUUUUGGGGUGUGCAAGCUCAGUGGGUUGAUGGAGAAGACCCACCCAGAAGAUGUCCCUGGUCCUCCUACAGAAACGGAAACAUCUCAACAUCCCUUCUUCAUGCUAGGAGGCACAUCCUUCCAUGCAAGCCCCAUAAUGUCUGAGCCCUAUGGGAUAUGUCAUCCGUCCUCUUCCCAACUGCCUCCCACUGACUAGCUGUGUGCAGAUAGUCCUCAAUUUACAGCAGCUCAUCCGGUGACCCAUUCGGAGUUACAACAGCACUGGGAAAAGCGAGUUAUGACUAUUUCUCACACUUACAACCAUUGAGGCAUUCCCUUGUGGUCACGUGAUCCAAAUUCGAGCAUUUGGCAACCGGUUCAUAUUUACGACAGUCGCAGCAUCCCGGGGAUCCCCUUUUGUGACCUUCUGACAAGCAAAGUCAAUGGGGAAGCUGGAUUCACUUAACAACCGUGUGACUGACUUAACAACGGAGAAGAUUCAUUUGACAGUUGCGGCAAGAAAAGUCACAAAACAGGGCAAAGCUCACUCCACCGCUUGUCUCGCUUAGCAACGGAUAUUUUGGGCAAGGGACUACCUAUAUUAUGUAAGGCAAGAGGGCCAAAUAAAUCCAUAUAUUACGUUCUUUUCCCAGAGGCCAAGACAUCGGGGGGGAGGAAAAAAGAGGACCCCCGCUUAAAGGCCCACUCUAUGGAAGCCAACAAUCCUUCUCUUUGCUCUGUCCGUUCAGCGUCAUUCUAUGUUUCUUCCUUAAUUUAUUCAUUAUUUAUUAUCUUGGUCCGUUCUGAUGGAAUGAGCGGGAAAUUGUGGCACUGCCACUAUUGAUUUUUAAUUUAUUGUGUCUUUUGUUUUUUUCAGUAUUGUAUUGCUGUUAGAUUCGGGGGUUUGGUUGGCUCGGAGACCCACCAUUUUCUUAAAACUCACUUAAGAAAUCUUUCACCCAGCAGCAUAAAUUUUGAGUUUGAUUGUGGCCGUAAGUCAAGGAUUAGCUGUACUUUAAAAAAAAUAAUACCGACAAAUCAGGCUCAACUUCCAGCACAUUCUAGAAGCAUCUCAUUGUCGUGGUUUGGCAUAGGGUACAACUCCCACGGUGAGUUCGUUCCUUUCAACGAAUAAGCAGGAAUGAAUGAAUGAAUGAGGGCAGCGACGCCACUUCCUGUUUUACCGUUGUCCUUUGGCAACCGGGCAAGUUGAAAACAAUGGUUCUCCAACCUUCCAAUUUUAAAUGCUACCUUGGAUCUCUCUGUAUUCUUUGAUCUUCCCACAGGAGUUCAUGUAACAAACACAUGCAAAGGAACCAAUAAAAAAACCAAAAAAGGGGUAAAAAACACCACCACCAUAACACACCUACGGUAUUUCAUUGCCACGAUGUGGGUUCUGCUCCCAGAAAUGCACACGUUGCUUGGGUCUUUGCGUAAUCUGUCCAACCUGGAAUAAUUUGAGCCCGGUCAUUUAUGAGAAUUCUGGGUUGUGUUUGUUCGAUAAACGAGUGGUUUGCUUUCUCGGCUGUCCACGGACUUCUCAGGAGUCUUAUCCAAUGCUGAAAUUCGAAGGCAUCAAUGCUCUUUCUAUUCUGUGUUUAUUUUUUUGUCUUAUUUUAGCAUAUUGUGUACGAUGUCAGGGAAAUCUACACAUGCAAGAAACACAAUGCAAUCCUGACAGACUGCUAGUUUGUUCUGUUCAGCGCUUGUAUGCCUAUCCUUGGUACACUGCACACACACACAUUAGCGACACUCAGUUUGCUGGUUCUUCUGGGCUUCUCUGCCGGUCUUGCCUCACCUUGAUCCAUGAUGCAAUGCCUCGGGUCUGGCCAGAUCCAGCGCCGGCUUCUGCUCUCCACACACACACGAACACAGUUAGGUUUUCUUCCCACCAAAGUGGUACCCGUUUAUCUACUCGCAAUAUUGCCUGCCUUCCAAUUGCUGAGUGGAGAGGAGCUAGAGAACGAGUGACGGGAGCUCACUCCGUCUCACUGAACCGGACUUGAACCAACGGAAUGCAAAUCAUUUCUGGCUGGCAGUUCCAGCCACGGCACUAUUGCAUCCCCAUUGUCUGUCCUAUGACAAUGAGUUCUCUAUCUCUCUUGCCCUGAUCCCCAAAGAAGUAUAGCAUUUUAUCCUAGAAUAAUCAGGGGUCUCCAACCCCUGGUCUGUGGAUCAGCACCAAUCCGUGACAUGCCAGAAACCGGUCUGCGCAAACAAGGGAAGCCCCAUCCAAAUAAAACCACACCCCUUCCAGUCCAUGGAAAACCCUCUUACCAUGGAACUGGUCCUUGGUGCCCAAAAGGUUGGGGGCCACGGCCCU